AUGGAAAUUUGGAAGUUUGACUUUUCGAUCACCAUCAUCACCACUGAUAGACCUCAAAAUUAUUUGAUUCAGAGCAUCGGUUAUCUUUUCGGUGAGUAUGGGAACAAAGCCAGGCCAUAUAUUGAAAUCUGCAAUGUUGAUCAGCGAUACAACGAGUUUCUCAAAGAGAUUCAAGAUCAUAUCAACAUUUUCAAUGUAUCAGAGAAAAUUCAAUACGACACCGAAAGCUUGGAUCAACGAUUGGAAAAAGAGGCACGAGAUUAUUGGAAAUGUUUGCAAAAUAGUGAUCGACAUUCACCAUUCAUUCUUUUGCUUGAAGAUGACGCUGUGGCGACUCUAGAAUUUGCAAAACUUAUCCAAUCAGUGAUCUCACAUCUAAAAUCUCAUGACUCAAUCGAUUAUGUCAAACUUUAUUAUCCACCCAGAAAAUGCGGCAAUCCGGCAGUGUUUCUGAUUUUCAUUAUCUCCCUUUCUUUUUCAUGGUGUCUCCUCUAUCUUUCAUCUUUCAUUCAAUGGUCACCUAAUGGCGGUGUCUACUUGUCGUACCCGAAAUCUUGCUGUACGCAAGCGGUUUUGUUUAGGACUUGUCGAAUCGCCGAAAUCGUCUCGGAGUUGAGCAAAAUUCCUGGAAAUAUUCAGCUACCAAAGGACAAAAUCCUUGACUCUUCAAAGUUCGUCGGCCGAUCCACCGACACAAAUCUUUUCAUUCACAUCGGCUCGUACAGCAGUGUACUACGUAAAAACGUCCAUCUCGACGAUUUGGUGCGUGGAUUUGAGCUCUCG